UUACUUAGCUGCAUAAACAGGUGUGCGAUAUAUUUUUGAAUCGUUAAAGAGAACUAUUGGAUAAUAGUUACGUCAAUUCGUCGUAGUAUUUCAUAAUAUUUAAUUAAUGUACGUUGUUAAAUAACUAUAUUAUCAUAAAAUUAAAGAAAAAUAUAUAAUUUUUGUCAUAACCUAAAUAAAUCAUUACAACCUUUGUAUAUUGUACCAGAUGACGUGUAUAUAUACAUAUAUAUCUAAUAUAUUUAUAGAUAAAAUAGCCAAGUUUUAACUGUAUCCGGUACUAUAAAAGAAUAAUGAAUUGAAUGUAAGAAGAUUUAAUUAUUAUUAAAUACUUACAUAUAUGUUGCUAAAGGGAGAAUCAAACGAGAAUUAUAGUACAGCCAAUAACGGAAUAGACAGGAACAAAUACUGAUGAUGACUCUUGUGUAAAAGCGCGGUUUUCAAGAUUUGAAUUUAAAAUUUUGAAUUUUUCAAUUAUAAUAAAUUUAUUUUUUCUUUUCUUUUCACUGAUAAUGCUCAUUAAAAAUUACACGUAAAUUGUGUUACGAUAACAAUAAUACACUCGAACUUUUUAUAGCAAUUAAUAUUUACUUCUUGAUUUAAUAAAUAAAAUUUAAAUGCAGAAAAUUGCAUACGAUUUUUCGGCGCGAAUUUUAAAAUACUUGACAAAUAAAUUACUACGUUCGUAUUUUAACUAUCAUAAUAUCUUUUAGGUUUCGUAAAAUAUCGUACGCUAACUUAUGUGCCAACUAUUCUAUAGUUAAAAUACUCUUUAUUGUACUCAUACAAGCUUUUCUGUUUGCUAUAAAUAGAAAGCAAUCAGUUUAUGUUCGUGACAUUGCUCAGUGAAGUCAGGGUAACAAAUAAAACUUUGCUAUAAAAUGUCUGCACAUAAAAUAACAUCAGAAAUAUUUUUAGAGCAUGAUAAACAUUCAAAAAAACUCACAAAUAAUAUUGCUGUUACUCAAUUUGUCUUUAAGUGCCCUUCUUAUAUGAUAAAAUCAAAAGCAACAAUAAAAAUGAUAGAGUAUGAUAAAGAUAAUGAUUUGGAUAUAGACAGAAAUGAAGAAAUUGUUUUGUAUAUAGAACACAAUAUAUCUACAGAAUUACAAAUGGUAGGUUUGCAAGUAUGGCGAGGUGCUCUUUUAUUAGCUGAUUAUAUUUUAUCCAAUCCUGAUUUAUUUAAAGAAAAAAUAAUUAUGGAAUUAGGAUCUGGUGUUGGUUUAACCAGCAUUGUUGCCAGUUUUUUAGCAAAAGAAAUAAUUUGUACAGAUAUUAAUUUAGGUGAAAUAUUAAAAUUAGUGAAACGAAAUUUCAUGAGAAAUAUAUCUUAUGUGAAAUGUAAAUAUCAUAUAGAAGAAUUAAAUUUUUUAAAUUUAAAAUGGUCUAAAAGUUUAGAAGAAAAAGUUAAUAUGACAGAGAUUUUCAUAGCUUCGGAUGUGAUUUAUGAUGAUGUCAUAACAAAUGGAUUUGUUAUAACAUUAGAAAAACUCUUAAGUAAAGAAGUUCUAAAAACAGCUUACAUUGCUUUGGAGAAAAGGCAUGUUUUCACUGUUGCUAAUAUGGAAACUGUUGCCCCAAUGUAUGAAGAAUUUCUACGUUGUAUUCAAAGGCGAAAUCUUAAUUGGAACAUAGAAUAUGUGAAAAUAGAUUUUCCACGAUUCUUUAAAUAUGAAAGAAUACAACAUAUGGUCUUAAUGAAAAUUGAAAAUAAGAUCAAUAUUAAGGAUAAAUAAAUAUAUAAAGAAUAUAUAAUAUACAAAAUAUAUUAUUUAAUAAUAUUGUCUUUAAUAAUACAUUAUAGAUCUUUACAAAUUGAUUUAGUAAGUGUACCUACUUAAGAAUCAAAAGACUGAUAAUUAUUCAUAGAAGAAUUUAUAUUUUAAUUUGUCAGAGUUAUCCGAAGAAAAUCAUUAUGAUUUGCCUGUUGAUAUGUUUCUUCAUGAAGUGGCUCUAUUUCUCUCCAUAUUACUUUAUCUAAAAGAUAGAAAAAAAAAAUUUUAGUUUUUUUUCUUAUAUAUUUUAAAAAUUAUUUACCUCCAUUUGCAUCACCAGUAUAAUAAAUCACAUCAACUUCAGUACUCCAUUGUAUAGAACGUGCUUUGCAUGAAACAUCUUCAGAAUGUACUUCUAUAGCUUCUUUAGGUGGAAUAUCAUUUAUCAAAUACUUUAUGUUUGAACAUCCUUUCUUGAAAGUAUUUCCAGAAUUAAAAUUUACUUUACAUUGUGUAUUAGAAUAAUUCGUAUUAAUGUAAUUAUAAUUUGAUAAUUGUAUAAUUUCAUUUGAUUUGCCAGUAAAAGGAUGAUGAAAUGAUUCUUCCAUCAUAACUUUACACAUAGAAUUUAUAUUAUUGGAUAAAGUUGAUUUAUCAUUGUCUGCAUUAUCCAGAUUAUCUUCAUACUUUGUUAUCACAUUAACAGGAUUAGUAUUAUUUUUUACUUGGCCUAAAUUUAAGUUUGCAAAUAAGUCCACAAUAUCAUAUAAUGGAACAGUUUUUCCCAUUUCAAUUUUAGGAAAAAGAGUAGUUGCAACUGUAUAAUUCUGCAUUCCAUUAGAAUUCCAAAUAUAAUUUGAAUUAAUUUUACUAUUUAUUUCUUCUUUGUUAUUCUUCUUUUUAUUGAUGGAUAAAUAAUUGUUUCUUAGUUUAUGGUUAAUAUAUCUUAUCUUCUUUUGAUUAUAUAUAAGUUUAGUAUGUUUCUUUGAAUUAUGUAAUUUAGUGAAAAAAUGACUGUUUCGUUGGCAUUUAUCAAGUCUAUAGCAUUGCCUUAUAUUUCCAGAAAAAUACUUUUCAUUUGAAUAAGGCAAAAGUUUCAAACUAAUAUAGUUAUAAUACUUUUGUAAAUGAACAAGGAUCUUUUUUGAUAUUCCAUAAAAAUUUAUAGCGUCAAUAUUCUCAAAAUUUGCAAUAUUGCAAAGAAGAUUUAACUUCACAUUAGUAGAUUUCCAUAAUUUUAUAAGACUCUUAACUUUUGAUGUUGAUCUCUCUAAAUAAUUUAUAUUAUUUAAUUAAUAUUUUAAAAACAUAUAUAAUAAUUUUCAAUUACCUUGAGAGUUAUCAUAUUUUUUAUCACUAUAAGGUAUAACAGGCAAAACAGAUUUUGACAUUCUACAGGAUAUGGAUUACAAAAAUUUAAGGAUAAAUAAAAAAUUUUAUAUCAUGGAUUAUAACAUUCAUUUCCUUGGAUAAAUAGUAUUAUCAAAAGUUAAAAUUUGUGAUGACAACUGGUUCCUUCAGACAAUUAGAUGAAACCAAUUUCAUACAAUUUGUUUUUAAAAUUCUCUUGUUUCAUAAAAUGUAUAUGAGAGAUAUAAUAAAACACCAAAAAUCUCUCUCUCUCUCUCUCUCUCUCUCUCUCUCUCUCUCUCUCUCUCUCUCUCUCUCUCUCUCUCUCUCUUUCUCUCUCUCUCUCACUAACACAUCUCAUUGCAGUCGAAUACAAUGUAUUAUUAAACAAACUUUGAAAAUGUUUUUAUAUAUUUGAAUUUUAAACAAAAGUAAUAAUUACCACUUAUUUUUAUGUCCAUGUAUUUUAUUGUAAUUUUUUUUUCUAUUUACAUCCUAGCAUAGACAAUAAUAUUAAUGGACAGUAGUUGAAGUCGUUCGAAGAAAACGAAGAUUCCAAAAUUCUUAACAAACAUUAAGAGAAUGUUUAUGAUGAAUAACUAAUAAAACAGAUAUAAAGAAAUGAUAGAUAAUAUAUAUAAAGGAAUGUAGACGUUUCUUCGAACAACUACGGGCAGUAAAAGUCAUAUAUUACACUCAAGUAAACGUUUUAUCAUGAUGCACUAGCUCCGAUUUACAAGCUUGUAUGAGAGAACAAUGACCUAUAAUAUGUCUUAGGAAACAAAAUAUACAUAUACAGAUCCCCAAACUGGCCUAUUGUUACUCUCAUAUACAGACCUGCUAGUUUGGUAAAGGCACUUUCAAUCUAUGCAUUCUUUCUUUUACAGAAUAAAAUUUACAAUUAAGAUUUGAAUAUUUCAGAUAGAGCACAAUAGAUCAAUUUUAACUAAUUAAAUUCUGUCUUUGAUCGUGACGUAUUAUCGCCAGUAAAAUACCUGUUUAAUUCAUCCAUGUGAAUUUAGAUGUUAAAAUAUUAAUAUGAUAAGUUAUAAUUUAAAUUAACAUUCUAUAAAGUACAUAAUUAUUUUACUGUAUAAAAGAACCAGCAUGUACAAAAAAUACUUGACAUACUUCGAUUAUUUGUAAGCAGAAGUUAAGGACUGAUUCAAAAAAAAAAAAAAAAGAGAAGAAAAAUCCCACUUUUAAAAAAUAAUUCCCCAAAAAUUGAUUGUCUUUAGGGUCAAUGCUUUUUAUCACAAAAUCCAAUUCUAUUACAAAUUAAAGUGUCCUACUACUUUUAUGAGGCAGAGAAUUUUAUAUAUAAUUACGAGCAUAAGUUUGAAACAAUUUGUAUCAAUAAUUGUAACAUCCAAAGAUAUAAAAUAUAGAUAACAUGAACAGUAUCAUUGACUAGACCAUAAAAAAAUCAGUAUGAUACUAUAUGUUUAAAAAAUAACAUUGUUGCCAAUAUAUAAUUAUUAAUUAAUAAAGUGCAUUUUGAACUAAUGCAGAUUAUUUAAACAGGAACAAAUUUAACGUUCCCUUCUGAUUUAUUUUUAAUUCGUCAAAACUGUAUAUAAAAUCAAAAUAAACGUUAAUGUGUUGAUUGAAACAUAUGCAUAGAAACAGUAGAUUUUACAUUUUGAGAAUUUGGUGAUCCCAAGGGGAGCGAUGUUUUCCUCCUAGCAUUAGAACUUGAACAGUCAUUAUUAAAACUGAUUUUUGUACUACUUGCUUUAGUAGCAGUAACAUCAGUAGAUGCUUGAAAACCUGUAGAAACCCAUCUUUCAACUUGAGCUUCAUGAGAUUUUUGCAAAACUUUGCGUACAUCACCAUUUUCACCUCCUUCUUUCAUAAUCUCCUGCAGCUUUUGAAUUGUCUGAUAAAGAAUAACAGGACUAAUUAAACCAAAAUCAAAUAAACUGCACAUAUGCAGUACAAAAUUCCGAUAUAAAUUUUUCAUAAGUAAUUCCUUUCCUUUGGUUUCUAAAAACAUUUGGCAAGCCAAUGGUAUUUGGCAGUCUCCUACAUAUCCAUAUUUCAUUACAUGUAAAUUCCACAUUUUCAUUAAUUCUUUUUCUCCUUCAUUAACGUCGGUAAAAUCAUCGAUCAUCAUCAUUGUCUUCGUUUGUAACCAUUUUGGAUCGUUUUCUCCUUCAGAAUCAAUAUCCAUUUCUUUCGGAUAAAUAGGCAAACAAGUGACAGUGUGAUGAUAUAAUCUAUAUUGACAAAAAAUUGAUGAUGUGAAUAAAAAAACAAUAAAGGUUUUGUACUUAAAUAAAAUAUUAUCAAUCCCACCUAUUAUGUCCAGUGAUGUAAGGUCUUUGGCUUUCAAAUUCAUUUUCAUCAAGUUCAAGAAAUUCGGAUAAACUCGGUUUUGUUCUCUUUGGCCGACAGACUAAAAUAUUUGUUACACUCGUACGUCUAGUUGGGCCUGUGC